GAAGUGUUUAUUUUUUUAUCAACUAUAUUUUAUUUAAAUUUGUUUGUACUAAAAUAUUAUUAAAUUAUAUUGAAAAAUGUCUAAGUUUGUUAGCGAUAUCAAGUUACUAAUUGAAAUUUUGACAGAUGCUAAUAUAGAAAAUCAAAAUUUUGAUGUGCUUUGUGCACAAGUGCAAAAAAGAUUUCAAAAAGCUGACCAUUUUAAUGUUGGAACUUUGCUGAGUCUAUUGAUAAUACAAGGUGAUUUAGUUCAUCCAGCACAAAGAUUAGCCGCCUUAGCUAUUUUGUAUGAUUUGAACAAAGAUCUACCGCCUGGGCACGCAUGCCAUGAAUCAUUAUUUAUAGAUCUCCUGUGCCCUUCAGAUUCACUGCUAUUUAAUAUCACAGUUCAAGAACGAAAUUUUCUGUUAACAUUGAUGAAUGGAAGUGGAAAAGAAAUAUUACGCAGAACUCCAAAGCAAGUUAUUCAAAGUGAUGCAAAACCACUAGAAAUUGAUUUUUCUGGAACACAAUGCUUAUUAGUUCAACGACAGUCUGAAUUAUCAUCAUUAUCUAAAUCAGCAUUGUCAGCUGUUAUCCCAGGACGCGAGAGUCCUUUGCCUCAAGAUCGACCUGCAUUAUUAGAAACAGUACAAAAUUUAGUUAAUCAAAUUCCAAUUCCGAUGUUAGAUAGUAGUAGCAAUAUAUCAUAUGGACAAAAAGUUGUUACUUCUACACCACCAAUGCAGAGGAUUAUUAACCCAGAAUUUUAUACAGUUGCUCCACCUUUGCAUGUUUUUGAAGAUGAGCUUAUUUGGUUAGAUCCUCAAUUGCAAGAAAUACAUCAACCAGUAUAUGAUUCAACAUUAUGUUCAAGUCCAGUAUUAGGUUGUGAAGCACGGAGAUUGUUAGAGCAAGCUUUUAAAGUUGCUUUACCAAUAACACAACAACAGUUACUUUUAUCAGAAAUUGAAAGGGAUGAUAGAAUUGUAUAUCGCAUAGGGUUAUCACCAGCACAGCUUCCAUUCUUAGUAGAAAAUAACCCUUUGAUUGCUAUUGAAGUGCUUUUAAGAUUAAUUCAUUCUUCACAUAUUACUGAAUAUUUCAGUGUGUUAGUUAAUAUGGACAUGUCAUUGCAUUCUAUGGAAGUAGUUAAUCGAUUAACCACCUCUGUUGAUUUACCAACAGCAUUUGUUCAUUUAUAUAUAAGCAAUUGCAUCAAUACCUGUGAAUCAAUAGCAGAUCGAUAUCUGCAGAAUAGAUUAGUGCGUUUGGUCUGUGUGUUUUUACAAAGUCUAAUAAGAAACAAAAUUAUUAAUGUGAAGGAACUUUUCAUUGAAGUGGAAGCUUUUUGUGUUAACUUUAGCAGAAUCCGGGAGGCAGCUGCAUUAUUCAGGCUUUUAAAACAGCUUGAUUCAGGUGAAACUAGCACAAAUAAUUCUACAAAUAAUUUGUCAAUACCUGACAGUGUUUCUUCAGGCAGUAGUCCUGUUCCCAUAGGAGAAAAUGAAGAAAAUUCAUUGAAUUUCAAUUAGUGAGCAGUAUAUUAUAUAUUUAUAAUUAAAUAUUAG